GUUCGGGACUUUCCACGCAUCCUUGGGAACCUCGGAAGCGGAAAAGCCCUGGUCUCGGUGCGGGACAUACGACGGGCAGAUUGAGACUGCCUGUCACCUAGCUAAACUACCAUCUAUCAUCUAUAUACAGGUAGCCCCCCGCGCGGGGGGCUGCUUGGGUUUUCAUGACUGUCAAAGCAGCAAAAUUGCAUGUAUUGGUUUGCAACAAAAAGCAUGCAUGUGAACAAGAAGGGCAGGGAAGGGGUACAAUAAAAGGGGAAAGAAAGGGAAGUGAGAGAGAGAGGAAGGGAGACUGGAGAUAUCUAUAUAGAAGUUGGAUUCUCCCAGCCAGCCUGCAAAUGCAGUGUAUCCAGCCUUUGUGCAGAGGAUAUCAGUCACAGGCCAGCGGCCCCAUGGAUGUGCUGCUGCUUUGCAGCCCUCCCUGCAAUGAUAGAAAUGGGAUGGAUCCUUUCUGCAGCUGCAAGAGCAUGUCAGCAGGGCAUCAUUGUGUUUAAAGUGUUCAUGGUACUCUGCAAAGUCACCAUGUCCGCUCCUGGCAGCAAUGAGGCGGCCCAGGGCUGUUUGUGGAAGGAGGAGCUCU